UCAUGUUUUUGAAAUACGCAUGUACUCCCUCGCGUGGCAGUCUGGUUUUGAGAGUGCAAGGCCACCUUCUUUCCUGGCGAUCUUCACUUCUAGCAGUUUGAUCAGCAUUUUAUAUACAGGCACCUUAGGAGAAGAGGUGGAAACAUGUCGUCUUCCGAAGACGAGGAUGUGAGUAUUUUGCUCAGCGUCAAGAAAACGGACACAGAUGCGCUCAAUUAUGCGCUAUCCCAAGGCCCGCGUAAGAGCGAGGUGAUGGAGCGUGGCGAGGAGGGCGAGACGGCUCUGCAUUGGGCAAGCUUGCUCGGUCGCCUCGACAUGGUGAAGCUGCUGUUGCAGCACGGCGCGGAGUUAGCGUGCCCCGUCGAGGGUGCCGAGGGCUUUGGCCAGCAUCCCAUACAUUGGGCGGCCAGCAAGGGACAGCUGCACGUCGUGGAUUUCUUCCUGAGAAAUGGUGCUAGUAUAGAAGAAAUAGACGGAAAAGGCUGCUCACCAUUGCUGACAGCAUCUCAGAACAAUCACGUCACACUGGUCCUGUUCCUGCUGAGCCGUGGCGCCAACUUGCAGGCACGUGACAAUGACGGCGACUCGGCCCUGCACUGGGCAGCGUACAAAGGUCAGCAAGAUGUCUGUGAAGUGCUCAUCAGUAAAGGACUUGAUGUCAACUCAUUGGACAAGUGUUCACAGAAUCCGCUCCACUUGGCGUGCGUGGAAGGCAAACCUGGUGUGAUUGAUUGCCUCUUAGACCAUGGUGUGGACAAGACGGUUGUGGAUAAGAAUGGCAACACGCCGCUCAUGAUUGCCAAGAAGAGAAAGCACGAGGCCGCCGUUGACAUGCUGGAGAACAAGGGCAUGACGUUCGGUGGCAUGUUCAAGUACUUCACACCAACUGGGUUCUUCUUCGGUGCCCCAGGUCGGUACCAGCAGCAGCUGAAGCUGUUCCUCUUCCAGGCAUUCUGCAUUGGCUAUCCUUUCUACUUCUACAAAAUUUUACCGCUGACGCUCAACGAAUGCUUUUUCGCACACAUCCUAUUCUGGGUGAUGUGCGGGGUCAUGUGGCUGUCGUUCUGGAAAAUCCGCCGCGUCGAUCCUGGCUUUGUCCCAUGCAACAGUGCCGCGUAUCAAGAGGGUAUUGAUGAGCUGAUGCGCCGGGACAACUACGAGGACUUGAAGAUGCACACGCUCGGGCAGGGCCGGCAGAUCCUUGCCCUGCCCGACUUCUGUCACGCGUGCAAGGUGAUCCGGCCGCCGCGCUCCAAGCACUGCAAGUUCUGCAAGCGCUGCGUGCUGAUCCACGACCACCACUGUCCAUACCUUGACCGGUGCAUUGCAUACAAUAACAGGGUGUAUUUCUCCUCUUUCAUCUGGUCUCUGGAGGUGAUUGGCUUCAUUGUGCUCUACUUCUUCCACACCAUCUGGAAGAUACAGGCGUUCAGCUACGUCAACCUCAUCAUCCUCCUUAACGCUCUCUUCUUCUGCAUCAUGCUCAACCUGCUGUCGUUGGGUCAUGUUCUUCUUGUCACCGGUAACUUCACGACGUAUGAGUGUGCAGCGAGUUCCGUCUUGCCGGCAUUCCGAAUGUUUGGCGGUCGCUAUCACAACCCGUACAAGCGGAGUGUUUGGGACAAUAUACUGGAGUACUUCCAUCUGAAAGCACCGCUUGACCUGCGUACAAUACAGCCUGUGACCGUGGUGCAGUCUGUGUAGUACUAAUGAUUGAGAACAGUAGGAAUCAUCAACGGCGUAGCAAUGCCGUGGAAUCCCAGCGAACAUGGCCGUGUCCACGGUUGUGUGUGUGUGUGUGUGGGCACGCCCAAGUGUGCGUGUGUAGCACGUUGGCUGUUCAUAGCUGCAGCCAGCAGGCAUCUUGUAUAUAAGCAGGAACUGGUUUAGCGCAUACCAUACAGGUAAUCAACGACUUACCAGAGCGUGAGGGGAUUGAGACCCUUAUUCCUUCCUUUCUUUUCUUUUCCUCUUCAUUUUAUUCUAGUUCAAAGAAGCUUUUUCUUUACUUUUCUUGUACAUAAUUUAUAGCAAUUUCGGGAGCUCUUCUUGUACGCUGCAAUACAGGCGCUAUUUUUCAGAGAGAUUUUUUAAUUGGCACUCCUGCAUUGUUGUUGUCCAAUUCCCACUUGGCUAGCUGUGUACAUAUGGCAUUGUAUAGAAAGUGAGCUUUUAUUACCUGUGAAGCAGGGUGGAGUCGCCGACUGCGUCACCUUGUUUUAGUAGUUAUAGCUUGCACUCAUUUUACCACCUAUUGCAGGUGUUAAGUUUUCUUCGCCCUUCGCCUCCCUUUAAAAAAAUAUAUGAACAACUAACCACCAUGCCUCCCUUAGGUUCAGUCAUUUCGAUCAGAACUUUAUAAUCAUUGCGUAGUGUGCAGGCAAGUUGAGUUUUAGCUCGCAUCAGUUCCUACUUCUUUUGAAGUAGUCAGUAUUGCUCCGCUCAUCGUCUUCCUACAUUAUAAAAAUACUUUUUCUAUAUUUUUACUUUGGCCAAUGUUUAGUUCAUGAUGUGACUUGAAAGCAAGAACACCAGAACUCGA